AAUUGCUAUGCAAAUAUAGAUACUUGUGGUAUCUAUAUAAAGAAUCUCUAUAUAUAAUUUAUACACUUGUGAAUCAUUAGUGGUUUGUAGUCAUUAGAUAAAAAACAUAUAACAAUUUUUCACUUGAAUGAUUUUAAAAAGUUUAAUAAACGCCCGAAACAAAUAUUUUAUACAAAUGAGUACCUGGAGAGAACCUGUGUCUGAAAUUAAGACAUUUGUAUUUUUGGAUCUUGAAUCCACAGGUCUACCUUUAUAUGAAAAUAAUAAAACAAGAAUAACCGAACUCUGUCUAACUGCAGUACAAUCUGAACAUAUUCGUUUGGGAGUUUUUCCACGUGUACAGAAUAAAUUAAACUUAUGUUUCAAUCCUUGCAAAUUGAUUUCUGCAGAUGCUGAAAAAAUUACAGGUCUUUCAAAUUUUCUUCUUGAAAACACAAAAGUAUUUUCACAAGAAACUGUAUCAUCAAUAAAUAAUUUCUUAAAUCAUAAUCCACAACCAGUAUGUUUAGUAGCUCAUAAUGGUCUUAACUUUGACUAUCCUCUUCUUAAACGAGAAGUAGAUAAAACCAAGGAAGCUCUUGAUGACAAUGUUUUGUGUGUUGAUACUUUGAUAGCAUUUCGUGAAAUUGAAUGUGAACAACAAAUUAAAAACGAAAAUGCAGCAGAGGAAAAGACCAAAAAUGCAGAGAAAGGAGAAUCUAGCUCGGUAGUAGCCAGUGGUGAAGACACAAUUGAUGCAACGCAAAGUAAAGUACCAGUUGAGUUUACCGCUAAUUAUGAUAAGCUUUUGGUUACAGCCUGUGAAACAAUUGCAGGUGACAAACUUUUAUUUAGUGCCGAAUCUCAAAUAAAGAACGAAACUACACCACAGAAACAAAUUAUCUCAAAUCGUAAUCUUCUGGGUAUUCCAAAGAAACCUACUGUUGGAGAAUCCAUAAAAAUUUUAGAUUUUAGUGUUGAAUCAAAAAUGAAGAAUGAAACUACACCCCAGGAACAAUUUAUCACAAGUAUUAGCCUUCCGCCUAAUCCAAAAAAACCAAAGAUAGUUGAAUCCAGAAAAAAAUUAGAUUAUGGUGUUAGUUAUAAACUUGGAGACGUGUUUUCUCGUCUCACCAAAAAGGCUCCAAGCAAUUCUCAUCAAGCAGAUGGAGAUGUCCAAAUGUUAAUUAUGUGUGCAGCAACCUUGGGUGAUUCUUUCGUCGAUUGGUGUAACCAGAAUGCUAAGAAAUUUAGUGAUAUUCCUGCGAUGGUACCUGGAAAGAAAAUAGGAACGUAAUAAAUACUACAUAUAAUGUUUUUUUAAAUAGUAUUUGAUACAUAUAUUUAAAGACUUAAAAAGAUUUUAUGGAUUUACAAAUUGUUGUCAUAUUAUUCUUACAAAAAUUUUGC